AUGGAAAGGACACCUGAGGGACGCCGAUACGACGGAGAAGGCUUUCUUUCAGUGACAGAUGGAACUCGAAAGAAGCGCCGUGGAUACGAUGGAUCUCCUAUCCCGUCUACGAACGAGUACUGUGCGAAUCCAUGGACCUACAAUGAUUACACCGUCGGUGUGGUGUGCGCAAUGGGUUUUGAGAUGAGCGCUGUCCGCUACAUGCUCGACGACGAACAUCCUCGUUUGCCCACCAAGCAAGGCGAUUCAAACCUAUAUGUCCUCGGCGAACUCAGUGGUCACAAUGUCGCGAUUGCCUGUCUUCCAGGUACCCAAGGGAAAGGGGCCGCGGCAAUCGUCGCUAACAAUAUGCAACGUACGUUCCCAUCAAUCAAAUGGCGACUUCUGGUGGGUAUCGGAGGUGGAGUGCCGAGCCUAACACACGACAUCCGCCUCGGUGAUAUUGUUGUGAGUAUGCCCGAGGGCCCAUUCGGUGGAGUAGUUCAAUAUGACCUAGGGAAGGAUGUAGAGGAUGGCUUCACCCUUAAAGGAUUUCUCUGGCCACCCCCUCCCAUCUUGAGGAGUGCAGUGGAGGUGAUGCGAUCCGAUCACCUGACCCAAUCGAACAAAGUUAACACCUUCCUGUCAGAAAUUCUGCAAAAAUGGCCUGGCCUCGCAGAUUACCGACGGCCGUCAGCAGAUUCGGAUGUGCUCUUCCAACCGGAUUAUCCUCAUGUACCUGAUCAGGCCACAUGUAGGAGAUGUGAAAGGGCUCAAAUUGUGGAUCGACCUGCACGUGGAUCUGAUAAUCCUAAGAUUCAUUAUGGAUUAAUUGCGUCCGGGGAUAGAGUAAUGAGGAGCGCUAUGAAGCGGAACAAGACUGGUCGAGACAUAGGCGACAUCCUCUGCUUCGAAAUGGGCCAAGCAGCUGGCAUCAUGACGGAGUUUCCAUGCAUUGUCAUUCGCGGCAUCUCCGAUUAUGCAGACUCUCAGAAGAGUGAUAUAUGGCAGCACUAUGCUGCGGCGGCGGCAGCAGGGUGCGCGAAGGAGCUCCUUUCGUACCUGGACCCAGAGGAUCGUCAAGUCCCGCCAAGAUUAACCCUUCGGCAGCCGUUGGACGGCGGAUUCAACACUAGCUGUGGACUGCCUGGAAGUACUAACGUAUCUACACCUCGCGAGGGUUCCCCUGCCCAACGAAGCACAGUCUCAGGCCAGCAUCGGAGGGGUGGAAUCCCGUCCCUCAGUGAAGAGCAUAAACGGAUGCUUCUAGACUCAUUGAAAUUUGACCAGAUUGAUGCUCGCCAGAUGACCAUCAAAAAAGCACACGCAAAGACGUGCAGAUGGCUCCUGAGUAAGCCGGAGUACCUUGACUGGCUUGAUAACACCAAGCUCGGCGAACAUCACGGCUUCUUGUGGAUGAAGGGAAAGCCCGGGACUGGCAAGUCGACAAUAAUGAAAUUUGCCCUUGCGAAUGCCCGGAAAACGAUGAAGGACAGGAUAAUCAUGUCUUUCUUCUUCAACGCACGAGGAGAGGACUUGGAAAAGUCUACGGUUGGAAUGUAUCGAGCCUUGUUGUCAGAAGUUCUUGAACGAGUCCCAGAACUUCACUGUGUCUUCGACACCCUUGAGUUCAGGACGUGGAACAGCGGUGGAUAUCACCAGUGGGGUAUUGAGUUGCUGAAAGAUUUAUUCGAACAAGCAAUACUACGCCUUGAACAGUCUUCCAUAGUGUGUUUCAUUGACGCCUUGGAUGAAUGUGCGGAACAUCAAGUGCGUGACAUGAUAUCGUUUUUCGAACAUGUCGGCGAACUCACUGUCGGUGCUGGAAUUCACUUCCGAGUCUUAUUUUCCAGCAGACACUACCCACAUAUCUCUAUAAAGAGAGGACUGGAGUUGGUCCUAGAGGGCCAAGAAGGCCACAUCCAAGACAUUACCAAUUACGUGAAUAGUGAGCUGAAAAUUGGGAAGAGCAACCUCGCCAUGCAGAUCAGGGGUGAGCUUCAAGAGAAAGCCUCCGGAGUUUUUAUUCACAAUAGAAAUGAGUUACUGUUGUGCAUUCAAUGGGUACUCUUUGCGAGGCUGCCUUUGAAACCGGAGGAAUUGUACUUUGCUAUUCUUUCCGGCAUUGAGCCAGGAGCUUUAACAGAGUGGGAUACCGAUGUGAUCACAAUUGAUGUCAUCAAGAGAUUCAUCCUCAAUUCAUCCAAAGGACUUGCUGAAAUCACACACUCCAAGGCUCCGACGGUCCAGUUCAUUCACGAGUCAGUUAGAGACUUUCUUCUCAAGGAGAACGGGCUCUGCAAAAUCUGGCCUGACCUUGGAAGCAACUUGCAAGGACAAAGCCAUGACCAACUUAAGCAGUGCUGCCUUACUUAUAUGAACGUCGACGUCUCUAAACAUGUUGAUCUCAGUGAGCCACUAGCGAAAGCAUCUUCCACGGAAGCUGCAACCCUCCGCGAGUCCGUUGCUAAAGCGUUUCCAUUUCUGGAGUAUGCCGUACGCAACGUGCUGUACCACGCUGAUGCUGCUGAAGGUAGUGGUAUUGCUCAAGGAGAUUUUAUCCAGGGCUUCAAGCUCCCCUAUUGGGUUCAACUCGACAAUCUAUUCGAAAAACACGAAGUACGCCGGCAUACACAAAAUGUGAGUCUACUGUAUAUCUUAGCGGAGAGCAAUCUGUCGAACCUCAUCAGAGUUCACCCCUCUAUCCUAUCCUGUCUUGAUGCGGAAGGAGAGCGCUACAAGUUUCCGUUUUUCGCGUCCCUUGCUACUGGGAGCGGGAAAGCGGUCCGAACAUUUCUGCAAGCCUAUGCGGCGAACACGCCCCCGGAAAGUCGACUGCGUGAGCUGUGCAACAAGUAUUGCCAGGACGGAAGCAGAAACCCUAGCCUGGGACGUGAUUUCAGAUUCUCAAACAGGAGGACCAUCCUUUCAUAUAUAACAGAGCUUGGCGACGAGGUAAUAUUUGAUUUUUUCCUCGAAACAGGGAAAUUUAUGCCGGACUCCAAGGACAAAGAUGGGCGGACACCACUGUCAUUGGCAGCAGCAAAGGGAAAUGAGGCAAUAGUCAACCUUCUACUAGCAACAAACCGAGUUGAUCUAAACUCCAAGGAUGAAGAGGGGUGGACACCGCUUUCAAGGGCAAUAAUAGCUGGAAAUGAGGCAAUAGUUAACCUGCUACUAGCAACAAACCGAGUUGAUCUGAACACCAAGGACAAAGAUGGGUGGACACCGCUGUCACACGCAGCAAAAUACGGAUAUGAGGCAAUAGUCAACCUGCUACUAGCAACAAACCAUGUUGAUCCAGACACCAAGGACGAAGAUGGGCGGACACCACUGUCAUGGGCAGCAGUGCAUGGAAACGAGUUGUUCAUUGCUGUUAGGAGCAUGAUCCGUGUCUUCGACGAAGCAACCUGCCAGUCUAUGGUCAACCGUGGUUCGUUCGCGCGCUCGGGAAUUUCCUCCGUUGCUGGCGCUGACAUCGUCGUAACAACGUCAACAGACUACCAAAGUCAAGAAUCUAUUGCGCUUCAGGCUAUCAUUCAAAGCAACCGCCUAGGCCGACAACGGGUCGAAAGACAAUCACUCUAA